AUGUUUAGCUCAGAAUUUCCAUCCGAUCCUUCACAGUUCAUUGAUUUCGCUCAGUUUAGUGAAACUGAGGAUGUAGGAAGUGAAGAAUCGAAAUCUGAAACUAAUCAGAUCACAAAUUCUCCUCAUCCUGGUUUCUCCGAUAUCUAUGAUCCCUUCGGCCACACUAAUUUUGAGUUAUCACUUAGCUCAGAUAUGGACUCAUACAGGAAUCUGUGGAGAGAUGCUAACGAAGAAUUAAAAACGAGUGAUGAUAACGUGCGAUAUCCUUCCAUUAGAGAUGCUCAGAAUGAAACUUCUUCCUCACUUAAUCUCAACAGCGAUGAUAUUAUCACAUAUAUGCACUUAGUCCAUGGUCCACAACAAAGUGCCGUUCCAACCCAUUUUCAUCAACUUACUCUUCCCUCAGGCGACACAUCUGGUCAACAUGGAAAUGCUGAACAGUGUAACAUCAACAAUAAGCACUUCUCGGAUAACUUGAAUAUCCUCAAUUAUAGGAAAAUGCCUAUAAAGGAUUGGAAACAGAAGCAUGAACCUCGUCUUCAGUGCAAAGAUUGUGGUAAAUUUCCUCGCCAACAGGAAUGCACUGCGAAAACACAAAUGGCUCUGCGAAACAAAAUCUUUCAAGCACCCGGUUGUGGGCGAUUAUUCGGCCAUGAAUCAACACUUUCAGCGUCACCAGCAAAUGCAUGA